AUGUACUGUCAAAAAUGUCGCACGCCGCUGAAGGUUGACAGCUCGCUUGACGAUCUGAAUCCAGCUGCAUUCGAUUUGCUCAUAGGCUCUGCGGUAAAAUCUCAGCAGAACGCGGUACCAUCCUCAAAACUGAACUAUGCAGCCGAGCGAAAGGAGCUCUACGAUCGAGCUGCACGUCAAGCAUCGUCCCCUCUACACAAGCGUACCAUACCUGCGCCAUACGACGAGGAGGCAGAUCAGUCUCAAGAUGGAGCUACACGCCCCAAGAUGCCAGACAUGUCUUUCAUCGAGAUCAGUAAGUCGCAGAUUGUGGGGUCCGAACGGGCGCAAUCAACGGUAAAUGGUCACAAAGCCGCCCACGGAGACGCUCUCCGUCCUGUACAUAGUGCCCCCGAGGGUGAAUCUAUGCACUCAAAGGUGGUCAAGAACGAAAAGCUGUUCAGCAUCCUUUCAUCUCAUUCUGACAUCGAUCACCCAAUCUGCACCGAGUGCACGUCACUGCUGCUGCAGUCAUUCACAGCACGACUCGCGGCGGCCAGCCGAGAAAGAGACGCAUACGCUGGGUUCCUCAAAUCCCUACAGCAGAACUCGUCUAAUGGGCCUAAUGAAGAGGCCCAGGCUGAUAAGGAACUUGAACAACUCCAGCGUCAAGACGAAGAGGCGUACGCCGAAUUGCUCAAGCUGGAGGCGGAAAAGGCUGCUCUCGAAGAAGAGCUUGCCAAUAUUGAGGAAGACAGUCGAAGAUUCCAGAGCGAAGAACAGGCCUUUUGGGCCGCAAGGAAUGCUUAUGAGACAGAGACAUACGACUUGAACACCGAACUAGUUUCCCUGCAACAGAAGUACGCCCACGAUCAGCAGCAGCUCGACAAACUACAGCGAACGAACGUCUACAACGACACGUUCUGUAUUGGCCAUGAUGGCCUCUUCGCCACCAUCAACGGACUAAGGUUAGGACGACUACCUGGACAGAAUGUUGAAUGGGCUGAGAUCAAUGCCGCAUGGGGCCAAACCCUCCUUUUGCUGGCGACAGUUGCAGAACGUCUGAAUUAUACUUUCAGUGGCUACCGACUUCGGCCGCUGGGCAGCACGUCCCGCAUCGAGAAGCUGGAGUAUCCUCAGCAAGCGCCCAAUGUGAACCAAGGUCCUGGAGAAGCUCGAUCGAAAGGCCCACAGCCCAAGGUCACUCCGCUUGAACUUUUUAGUAGCGGCGAGACCGCCAUUGGACGUGUAUUCAACCAUCGAAAAUUUGAUGCUGGGAUGGUUGCUUUCCUGGACUGUCUAGCGCAACUAGGUGACCAUGUUGAGCGUACUACGAAUGAGCCCGAAAGCCACACCGCCCAAAACAUGACAAGAAGUCCAAGCAAGACAAAGUUGAACAAGCCGGUGCUUCCUUACCCUAUUCAGGGUGAUAAGAUCGGAGAUAUGCCCAUCAAGCUCGGGGUCGGUUUCCAGCAAGAUGAAAGCUUUACCAAAGCUUGCAAGUAUGUCCUCACCUGUUGCAAGUUUCUGCUUGCAUUCUGCAGCAAUCGCGAGAGUCGAAAAUCAUGA